UCCCGGAGUCUGCCUUUAAAUAGGCCCCAAAACCUCUUCUUCUUCUUCUCUCUCUCUCUCUCUCUGUCUGUCUGUGAAAGAUCAAGAUCGAAUAGGAAAAGAGUGUUUGAUGGCUUCUUCGGUGAGCAAUGGAGUGCCCGAGACUGGGAGCGGGUUGAUAGUGAGUUUCGGGGAGAUGCUGAUAGACUUCGUGCCGACGGAGUCGGGGGUGUCGCUGGCGGAGGCGCCCGGAUUCCUCAAGGCGCCAGGGGGGGCACCCGCCAACGUGGCGAUCGCCGUGUCAAGGCUGGGCGGGAAGGCGUCUUUCGUCGGCAAGCUCGGCGAAGACGAUUUCGGCCGUAUGCUCGCCGGGAUCCUCGACCAGAACGGCGUCGAUGGCCGCGGCAUCAACUUUGACCAGGGCGCCCGCACCGCCCUCGCCUUUGUCACUCUGCGCGCCGACGGCGAGCGCGAGUUCAUGUUCUACCGCAACCCCAGCGCCGACAUGCUCCUCCGCCCCGACGAGCUCAACGUCGAGCUCAUCAGAUCCGCUAAAGUAUUUCACUACGGAUCGAUAAGCUUGAUCGUGGAGCCAUGUAGAUCAGCACACCUGAAGGCAAUGCAGGUGGCCAGAGAUGCUGGUGCCCUACUCUCCUACGACCCGAAUCUCCGGCUGCCGUUGUGGCCCUCGCCUGAGGAGGCCCGUGAGCAGAUAAUGAGCAUAUGGGACAAGGCAGAUGUGAUCAAGGUGAGUGAUGUGGAGCUGGAGUUCCUCACAAGUAGUGAUAAGAUUGAUGAUGCCUCAGCAUUGUCAUUGUGGCACCCCAACCUGAAGCUCCUCCUCGUCACUCUUGGUGACAUGGGCUGUAGAUACUACACCAAGAAUUUCCAUGGAGCAGUAGAGGCUUUUCAUGUCACCGCAGUGGAUACAACUGGUGCUGGAGAUUCAUUUGUUGGUGCCCUACUCUGCAAGAUUGUUGAUGACCAAUCCAUACUUGAAGAUGAACAAAGAUUGAGGCGAGUGCUGAAAUUCGCAAAUGCAUGUGGAGCCAUUACAACUACCAAAAAGGGAGCAAUCCCUGCCCUUCCAACUGAGCCUGAAGUUAUCACCCUGCUUGAAGCAUAGAUAACAUUGUUGCAUCUCUUUCUUCCAACUCUUUUUUUUUUCCCCCUUUGGAGGACCUUUUUUCUUCGUGUUUUCUUUCUAGGUGCUGUUUUCAGCUGUGAAUUAAAGAGGGUUUCCACUCUCAUUUUUAAGUUGCGCAUCAGGGUCUUGAUCUUGCAUCUGACUUACACCCGUAUUACCUGCUGGUAAUCUUGGGAAGACGGCUUGGUUUUUGAGCAAAUAAAGUUUUUAUUAUGUUUGGCAA